AUGGUUGACAGGCGCCAGAUGAUUGAUCUUUCCAGGGAACUGGAAGUUAACCCACCUACACUCCACGCCAUCAACGGUGGAGCCUCUUCGUGCCUCGCGGGUGGCUGGGUCUCUCCACGUGCGCUGGUUAUGCAUUCACCUCCAGCAAGGGUGCAAACGCGCUGUGGAGUGUCGUGUCGUUUGUUUGUGGCCGAGUCCUGCACUUGGGUGUUCUCGCGUCAUACAGCAACGCACCGCGUUAAGAUUAAUACGCCUAUUGGCGCCCUCUCCGUGGUUUAUUUACUUUACUGCCUUGUUGACAUUUCGUACGGCACUUGGACAGGGCGACAGAGGCCCCUUUGCCGGUGUCGAGGUCAAUUUCGCUUCAAUUGCGGGUGUGCGGGUCGUGGACCCGCCCUCGUGUCAGCAUCUCGAUUUUGCCAUCACGUGAUCCGAAUGGCGACAUUGCUCGCACUUCCUGUUGUGGCGUGUUAG